AUGAAUCUUGUACUACAUUUUAUAACAGAAAAACGUAAGUAUACCUUCUUUGGUGUCUUGAGCCCUUUGCCUCCUUUUUGUGUCUGUAACAAAUUUAGUCAUGGACGGUUGACUUUUGAUAGAUUUUACAUUUUGUUCGUGGAUUUUUCGCUGUGUAUGUUUUAUAAGUGAGUCCUUUCCACUGGAUAUAUUAAUAUCUUUAUUGCAUGCCUUGCAGAAUCCAAAAUUUUUCCCUUUUUGGCUUUUAAUAAGCCAACCUGUGAAGCGUGGUUCUUUCUCCCAAUCUGAUUUGUAGGACUGACUGUAUUUCAUCUUCUUUUUUAAACCGUAACUGGUUCCUUCACCUCCACUAUCAGCACUGUCACUAUCACUAUCCAUAUUUGUUUAAUAAAAAUUAAAAUCCAGAAAAAAUCAAAAUUUAUAUCAGAGAAUAUAAAUUUAAUCACUACUCUUCAACAUACUUCUAAACAGCCAACACCAACAGACUGUUAGCCAGGGGAAUACCCGAGUCGCGUCGGGGAAUUACCAAAUAAAUUGUAUUUUGUAGAAAUCAGUUAUCGGUAUUUAUUUUACGAUUUGGACGUGUACCACUAGAUGUCGCUAAAUAUAAGAAAAGAAGAAUAAACUGGGAUGUUUUAAGCAAACUACAGAAUAUUUAUAAGUAGCUUAGAGGGUAAAACAUAUUAUUGUAAUUUAAAAAUAUGCAUAUUUAGAAACAAAAAAAAUCGGGAGAUUUUUCAUUAGAAUCGGUAGAUCGGUAGAUCUCUUCUAAAAUCGGUAGAUCUACCGAUAAAUCGGUAGAGGUGGCAGCACUGACGCCUG